AUGGCUUUGUAUUCAUCACUGAUUGAGCAGUCGAUCCAUAUCGUACCAAGGUUCACAUUGGAAUGUGGAUCGACGCUCAAAGAGGUGCCAGUAGCAUACAAAACGUGGGGGAAGCUGAACGAGACGAAGGACAAUGUCAUGAUUAUCUGCCAUGCAUUCACUGGGAGCGCCGAUGUCGAGGACUGGUGGGGUCCACUGAUGGGCCGCGGCAAGGCGUUCGACCCCAACCGUUUCUUCAUUAUCUGUGCCAAUACCCUCGGCUCUCCGUAUGGCUCUGGCUCUCCGGUUACGAUAAACCCCGAGACGGGGAGGCCAUAUGGGCCAGAGUUCCCACCUACCACUAUCCGCGAUGACGUCCGAAUUCAUAAACUCGUGCUGGACCAUCUGGGUGUCAGGUCAGUAGCGGUUGUUAUUGGGGGAUCUAUGGGUGGAAUGGCCGUCCUUGAAUGGCCACUCUGCUCUCCUCCAGGAUACGUUAAGAGGGUGAUCCCCCUAGCCACCUCAGCUCGACAUUCAGCUUGGUGCAUCAGCUGGGGAGAAGCUCAAAGACAGAGCAUCUACAGCGAUCCAAGCUACCAAGAUGGCUAUUACACCUCUCAGCCGGCAUCAGGUCUUGCUGCAGCGAGGAUGAGCGCGCUUUUGACGUACCGUUCGCGCGACUCGUUUGAAAGCCGGUUCGGGCGCAAGCCCCAGCUAGGCCAAGUAAUUACACUGACUCCCCCGGCCUCUCCCAAGCUCACUCCAUCCGCGGGCGACGCUGUUGCGAAGCACAACGACGGCCUACGAAACGCAAAGCCAGCUAACAACGGGGCUCUCUCCCCCACCUCGUCGAAACCUCCCAUCUUUUCGGCGCAGUCGUACCUGCGCUAUCAAGGGGACAAAUUCACGGCACGCUUUGACGCGAACUGCUACAUCCACAUCACCCGCAAGCUAGACACGCACGACGUAGCUCGUGACCGUGUCGAAGACGCCGAUGCGGAGGAAACCGCGUCGCUUGCAAAAGUGCUCUCCACGUUGCCCCCACGCGCGUUGGUGAUCAGCAUUGCCACUGACGGGUUGUUCACGACGUCCGAGCAGCGAGAGAUCGCGGCACAUAUACCCCAGGCCGAGCUGGUGGUUAUACCCUCCCCGGACGGGCACGACGGAUUUUUGUUGGAGUUUGAACAGAUCAACACACAUAUUCUGAGAUACCUCAAGCGAGAAUUCCCCGAGUACUACGAUAAAGUAGAAGAGGAGGAGCCGAUCGAUGAGGGCUUCGCCGUCAAGAAAACGAGUGUGUUCGGCGAGGCGGAGGUGGAUAUCACUCAAUGGUAA